AGGGACUCUGGAGAACGAUCUGAGUAGUUUUGGUGAAAAUUAAAUCGCUUAUGCUUUUAAUUAUACGGUGAUAUUAUUUUUUUCCCCAUAUCUAUAGUGACGAAGUAAUGUAUCUGCGUCUAUUAAAAUUUGUUUAUUAGAAUGUAUGUUAACUUAAGCUAAAGUCUUAAAAGUACAGUUUAUGGCCGAGGGAGGCAUGCAGGGGCCGCGAGUUGCCUAAAAUAUGCGAUAGAAAUCACAGGCUUCCUACUUUGUUAAAGGCCUAGUAACCCAGUGAACUAAUACAGACGGCGCUACAUUUUCUCAUGACUUAACAGCAUCCCUGAGCAUCGCCGUAUGGCAUAAACUACCGCGCGUAAGUGUUUUCGCGCCCCGCGCAGGGCGAUACGCGAAACAAUGCACUGUUGGGAGCGCCACCACGAGUGGCAUCUCUCUGUUACUGUAAACCCUCUCUGGUUGGACCGAGAAACCCAAGCCCAACUUUUGAAGGCGCAGUGGUUGGCUACUAUCAAGAAUACAUUGACAUUCAACCAUAAAGUUAUCUCCUUUUUUUGUGCAAUAGUGAAGUGUAAACCGAUGCAUUCAACUAAGAAUAAUACAGGCCAAGUAAUUCGAUGAUUUUCAAAUGAAAAAGCGAAGCAAAAAAUAAACGACACAUUUAAAAGAAAAGCUUCUAUCAGUUAACAGCAGUCUACUGCCAUUCUCGCAACACCAACAAAGGCCGGCAGCGAAGUUUGAGACAGUGUGCUGAACUGUGCUGUUUUCCUGCAAGAAGAAGCUUUUGAAUACAGACGGUGUUUUUUCUUUUAAGGACACGAAAGCAACAUGGCUGAUGAUGACGACAAAGGAUACAGAUGGGAGACCGAGUACGAGAAAACAUGGGAAGAGCUCCAGGAGGAUGAGUCGGGCUCCCUCCAGGCCAGCGUCAACGACAUUCUACACCGUGCCAAGAGAAGACAACUCCUGGAGAAAGUCACCAAUGUGCGACUUGGGAUGAUGCGACACCUGUUUGUGGUCAUCGACUUCUCCCUGGCCAUGGCUGACCAGGAUCUGAAACCUACGAGACAUUUGGCUACUCUGAAGCUGCUGGAAUACUUUGUGGAAGAAUACUUCGACCAGAACCCCAUCAGCCAACUGGGCAUCAUCAUUUCAUUGAACAAGCGAGCGGAAAAAAUCACAGAACUCGGGGGCAACCCUCGCAGACACAUCAAGGCUCUCCAAGAUCUUACCUCCCGUGCCUGCCAGGGCGAAAUUUCCCUACAGAACAGUCUAGAACUUGCUCUGUCCACGCUCAGACACAUGCCGAGUCACGCCAGCCGCGAGGUCCUGUUCCUGAUGGGCAGUCUGACCACGUGUGACCCGGGAGAUGUGCGGGAGACUGUCAAGUCCAUGGUCGAGGCCAACGUGCGGUGUUCUGUGAUCGGUCUCAGCGCCGAGGUGCGGCUCUGCAAGACACUGGCUCAGCACACAGGAGGUAGCUACGGUGUCAUCAUAGACGAAUCUCACUUCAAGGACCUGUUGGGUCAACAAGUCACUCCCCCGCCAGCUUCGUUUUCCCCACCACGCGCUGGUGGGCGACAAGGACAAGGAGGAGAAACCUUCCAUGUGCAUGUGUCACCUGGACAGUGGCACGGCACAAGGGUUCAGCACCAGCGGCUACUUCUGUCCUCAGUGUAAAAGCAAGUACUGUGAGCUGCCAAUAGAGUGCAGGGCUUGUGGUCUGACCCUGGUCUCGGCUCCCCACCUGGCCCGCUCAUACCACCACCUGUUCCCCCCCGACUCCUUCAGAGAGCUGCUCACCUCCGAUAUCAUCGCAGACGGACCCGUAUGCUGCUACGCGUGUCAGGUAGAGAUACUGGACCCUCAUGUAUACACAUGCGACAAGUGUGAGCGACACUUCUGCUUGGACUGCGACCUGUUUACACACGAGGUUCUCCACUCCUGCCCUGGCUGUGCCAGCUCCCGCAGUCUGCAGACCGUGCAGGCGGGCUUGUAGACCAGUCAGUCUAUGGUUAGUUUACAGAUCGUGCUGGCUCGCUUGUAGAAUGGCCAGUUAACUCACCCUAGAAGUGCUCAGCGUUUCACCGGAAGCAACCCGCCAAAAAUGCCAUGCCGCCUCGGCCGAUCGGUUGUAAAUAUGUGUGUUUGGCAUGGGGAUAUUGGCUGAGAUACCAGAGAUUUGUACGGAAAAAUGACCAUUUACAGCUCAACAGAUGAUAAAAGACAUAUAUAACCAUAUCUUUUCUUAAAGCUGAUAGAAUGAGCCAUUCAAAAAUGAUAAGCGAUCAAAUAAAUACAAACUAAGCACAAAACACGAUAAACUCAACAAUUAGUACAUCAGCUCGGUGAAACAAGUGAUAACACAUAGCGUGUAGUCGCUCAGCCGGACCGUGUCACUUUGUCGAUCGAUAUCUUGGCAGAGAGACUGUCUACGAGGUCAAGAUAACUUGCCAAGUCUCUAUGCCCUUUAUAUAGGGCCUGCACGCUUCCCGGUCGAAGUAGGUCAGCCGUAUAUAUAGGGCCUACGCGCUUCCCGCGUAGCCCGGCUCAUGCCCUUUAUAGGCAGGGCCUGCUCGCUUCCUGGGUUAACUGACGGUUAAGGCGGGCUUGUAGACCGGUCAGUUUACAGGUGGUUCAGGCUGCGGUUACAAAACGCUCAGUUUACAGAUGGUACAGGCUGGGCUAUAGAACGGUCAGUUUACAGGUGGGGUUAUAGAAUGGUCAGUUUAGAGACAGUACAGGCUGCGACUAUAGAAAGGUCAGUUUACAGAUGGUACAGGUUGAGGUUACAGAACGCUCAGUUUACAGAUGGUACAGGCUGAGCUAUAAACCUACUUAAAAGUCACAGUUCAUGCUCUGUGACACCAAGGCACAAUGUCUGGAAUGUUUUUCUGUGUUCAUAAAAUGAAGAAAAAUACAGGUGAAUGUUGACAUUUUGGAAUGUUUUUCUGUGUUCGACAUGAUGAAGGAAAAUACCGUUGUAUAUACUGACAGUUUUAAAAUGUUUUUCUGUGUUUAUCAAGAUGAAGGAAAAUACAGUUGUAUGUUGACAUGUUUUGAAGCGACAUGGUUUACUGUCUGUGUCCAAUAAAAAAAAUCACAUAUUGAAAUGAAA